ACAAAAGAAUUUAAUAGUAUCGGUUGAAAGUGUGGUAUUUUGGUUAAGAAGCAAAGUGAAUCAAAGUUAACCUCAAGAUUAUUCAAGAUGUCGUCUCAUUUGAAUUGGAUGAUUAUUCGUAACAAUAAUGCUUUUCUUCUAAAAAAGCGUAAUAUCAAUAAACCAUUCUCCAAGGAACCAAAUAAUUUGACUAACCUCAGUAGCUAUCGUUACUCUGGUUUGAUCCACAGAAAAAGUGUUGGCAUUGUUGAUGCACUCGACAAGAAAGGUUUCACAGUUGUUUAUAAAAAAGCAAAAUCAGUUAAAAAGCCUGCAAAAGCCACUGUUCGGUGUACAAUGAAAGCGGGAGCUCGUCGUUCUUUGUACAAAUUGAAAAGAUUGCUCACAAAAAAUAAAUAUCGUGUUGAUCUGACCAAGGUUGCUCUCCGUCGUGCCAGUGCUGUAUUGCGCUCCCAAAAACCUUUACCCGCUAAGAAAACUCGUACGACCAAAAAGGCUGAUUAAUUCAUGUACAU